AUGUCAAAAGCUGUUUAUGCAAAAAUAUGGAUGAGCACAAACAAUUUCAACGCUCGACGAAGAUAUGGAUGUUUACAAGUUGGAUCUAGAUUAAGUCCUUGGCUACUUGUUUGGGGAGUUUAUUGUGUGUCGUUAGUUUUUCCAGCCUUAGACACUGAAUAUAAGAAAAUGCUUAGUUUUGGAAUUUGGAAAGAAACAGAUGUUGGAUAUAAUAAAACAGCUCCCCCACCUUAUGAAUAA